CAUUAAACUGUGGUGCCGCCGGCUAUAUUAAUAUAGCUGCUACGUUAGAUAUUUUUUGAAUUUACUUAGUUAUUCGAAUGAAAUAUUUAUUUUUCACUUCUAAAAUAACAGAGUACAUUGAUUAGAUUACACUACGAUUUUUUGAUAAACUUGCGAUUUACGAUCUAAAAGCGCAUAAAAUAUUUAGACAGUGUUAUAGUUGUUUAGGAAAAAAUUAGCAAACAAACACACACCAUCUUUUAUGAUAUUAAUAGUUGGAAGACUUAUGAAUUGGAACAGACUGUGCAUAAACAUAAACGGCAAGUACAUCCAUCAACUUCGGUUUGCCGAUGUUGUGGCAGAUACUCUGGGAGACCUUAAUAUGAUGCUCAAUGAACUCAUCGUAGUCUCUCAACAGAUUUAAUGGGUACGCAACAGGGAGAGAUAUUGUUUAGGGAACUCUACGGUGCUUCAACCAAGGAAAGAUGCUACGUACAACCUGCAGAGCAAUUAAAAGUAGUGAUGUUGAAUGAUGGUCAGCAUAGUGAUGUAUCAGGAAUCUUAGCAAGAAUAUUUUUACCACAAGGAUAUCCAGACAGUGUAAGCAAAGAUUACUUUGCAUACCAGAUAUGGGACACUGCUCAAGCAUUUUGUAGCACUAUAACUGGAACACUUGCAACCCAAGAAGUAUUGAGAGGAGUUGGUGUUGGUAACACAGCCUCUACCCCCUUGGCAGCCACUAUAGUAUGGGUCAUUAAGGACGGAUGCGGCCAUCUCGGGAGGAUAUUAUUUGCUUAUAGUCAUGGGAGCUCCCUGGAUUCUUAUAGUAAAAAGUGGCGCUUGUACGCAGAUACACUAAAUGACGCAGCCAUGUGCAUUGAAAUAGCGUUGCCACUGUUCGGCGGCUACACUACCUUUGCUUUGUGUGUGAGCACUGUCAUGAAAUCCAUUGUUGGUGUUGCGGGCAGCGCUACAAGGGUCGCAAUGACCCAGCACCACGCCAUUCGAGGGAACAUGGGCGACGUAUCCGCCAAGGAUUCGGCUCAAGAAACAGCUGUCAACUUAGUGGCAUCAAUAGCGGCGUUGCUCAUCAUAACAUAUAUAGGAAAUAAUAUCGGCUUAAUUAUGCUGAUGAUGGUACUCCAUAUUGUCUUCAACUAUUUGGCGGUACGGGCGGUUUGCCUGAGGACUUUAAACGAACCGCGAUACCUCUUGGUGAUAGACAGCUAUCUGAAGAAGGAGGUCGUGUCCAACCCCUGUGAAAUAAACAGAAGUGAACCGAUCAUAUUUUACCAGCUCGGGCAGAAUUUAUUGGAUUUAAAAAUUUCCGGAUUCCAAAUAAAACUUGGCCAGUCGUUAAGGUGCAUAACGAAAUACACCUCAGAAGCCUCAUACUUGAAGAAGAUAAAAGAAAUAUAUGCCGACAAGAACUACAUUGUAUUUCCUGACACCAGUGCUAGGAUUAUGCACGUUUUUCUGAAAAAUAACGCUGCGGUCGAAGAUAUUUUGUGCGCUUACUUCCACGCUGUGCUGCUAGCUCUUAUAACUGUGUCCAUAAACAACGAUUACUUGGUUUCUGCUAAAAUGUCUGACUUGAAGCCAUUCGCUCAAGUGUGUAAGACCCUACAGGAAUGGAAUCGAGCAGCUGCCAAAGGGUCCGGUUUAAACUUUGAGCCAUCUUACAAAUUGCUAAGAUAUGUGAAUGACAUCGUAUUGAAGGAGUGGAGGAAUUUCAGGAUGGGACUAUUAAGAACAGGUUGGGAUUUAAGCAAACAUCUAAUAGCGGUGGACGAAUGGCGAGUGCAGUGAUAUCAUGAACACCAAAAAGGUCCUUAGGUCCUAAAAUGACCCUUUUAGUUUGGCCAUUCCAUGGGGCAAUUCUGUCAGCAUCUUGGGUACUAUGCCUCAAUGCGAUGGUUUUGAAGACUUUUUAGAUUUUAUUUAGUUUUAUUUAGGUACAUAGGUUAUUUUAGGUUAUUUU